AUGAAAACCUAUAUUUUUUUAAUUUUCUUUCAAAUUUUUGUUAAUUCAAAUAAUCUUAUUAGAUCAUCUGUUAAUAUAAAUAAUGUAGAGAAAUAUAAUAUAGAUGAGAAAAAUAAAAUAAAUCCUCAAGUUACAAUAAAAAAUAUAGAAAAAAAUAAUCAUGAUGAACCCUUAGUGGAUUAUAAAAAUACAAAAUGUUGUAAUGCUACCAUUAAGGAUAAUGAUGAUGAAAAAAAAAACAUUACGAAUAAACUAAAUGAUGACACAUUUACAAUAAAAAGUAUGAAUAUUGAAAAAGAUAUCUCUAUAAAUGAAGAAAAAAAAAAAGAAAAUAUAAGAAACACUGAAAAUGAUAUGGAAAAUAAUGAUGGUAUUGUGAAAGUAAAAAAUUUAAAAAAUAUUCCAAAUGAUAACCAAGAGGAAGAACAGGAAAAAGAAAUUGAAGAAAAUGAUGAUUUAGAAUUAGAACUAGAAGAACAAAAAGAUAAUGAAGACGAAAAAAAUGAAUUAGAACAAGAUCAAGAAAAUCAAGAGAAAGAAGAUGAAGAAAAGGAAGAACAAGAAGAAGAAAAAGAAGAAGAACAAGAAGAACUAGGAGGAGCACAAAAAGAAAUGGAUAAAAAAGAAAUGGAAAAAAAAAAAAUGGAAAAAAAAGAAAUGGAAAAUAAAGAAAUGGAAAAUAAAGAAAUGGAGAAAAAAGAAAUGGAAAAAAAAGAAAUGGAAAAAAAAGAAAGGGAAAGAAAAGAAAUGGAAAAAAAAGAAAUGGAAAAAAAAGAAAGGGAAAGAAAAGAAAGAGAAAAAAAAGAAAGAGAAAAAAAAGAAAGAGAAAAAAAAGAAAUAAGGGAAAUAAGAGAAAAAAUAAAAGAAAGAAAAUUAAAUAAAAAUAUUGAAUUUUUUAAAAAUUAUAAAAAUACUAAUAGCAAUUUUAACAUAGACAAAGAUGAAGAUAAUAAAAAUAUAGGUGUAUCUUGUAAAAAUGAUUUAAAGUUGAGUUGUAACAAAAUGUAUAAUACAACUCCUAGUAAGAUAAAAUAUUUAUUAGAGGAAAAAGGGAAAAAUAUUCCUAAUAAUAAUUUAAGAACUAUAAAAACCCAUGAUCAUGAUAAAGAUAAAAAAGAAAAAAUGGAUGAAAUAAUACACAAAGAUGACGAUAAUAAUGAUAUGAAAAUAGAUAGGGAUUCAGUAUAUGAAGAACGAAAACAAAAGAUAUUAUUAAUUCAUCUGUUAAAAAAUAUAAAAGAUUUAUUAGAUAGACAAAGAGACAAUUUUUACAACUUUUUAUCAUUUCUAAGUGAAAAUUAUGCAAGUUAUGAAAAUUUGUAUUCAACUAAGAAAAAUAUAAAUUCUAAAGAAAAUAGAUUUAACAAAACAAGAGAUGACAAAAUAAGAAACACUAUUACAACCUCAUCUUUCUUAAGUUUAAAGGAUUCAUUGUCUCCUAUAGAAAAUAUGGGUAAUAAUUUUAUAAAAAAUGAUAAUGAAGAUAAUAAUACAAUUAUGAAACCAAAAAAUGUAAAUAUAAAGUAUGAACAAAAAAAAAGAGAUAAUGAUAAUGAAAAAGAAUCUGAUAUCUUUCAAUUAAAAAAUGCAUUAAAUAAAAUUAUUGAAUCAAAUGUUAUAAGUGAUAAACAAAAAGAUUAUAUGUUGUUAAUAAAAAAUAUAUUAGAAAUAGAAGAUGAAAUACUAAAUAAAGAAAAGUUACAAUACAAUAUAAAUCAAAAAAUGAUUCCUAUAUUAAAUGAGAAAUCAGAUGAAUUGAAAAAUAUUGCUUUAAAAUUAAGUAAUGAAAAUAAAGAAUCUCAAAAUUCACAACGUGUUGAUUUAGCUCAAAAUAUUGUCUCAAAUUUACUAAAUCUUUCUGUUGAAUUAAAAAAUACAGGUAAUAUUGUUUAUAGCAAUAUUCAAGGACAAGGGGAACUUAUUCAAAAUAUAGAAAACAAUAUAAAUAAAACACAAAAAGAUCUACAAGAUGUUCGUUCUCAUAUAUCUAAUGAACCUAAUAAUAAUGAAAAUGAAAAUAAAGAGAAUGAAUUUAAAAAAAUUAACGAAAUAAAUAGAUAUCAAAAUAUAUGUAAUACUGAAGAUAAUAGCAAUAAUGCUUCUGAUAUUUUUAAUUCUACAAAUUGCUUACAAAAUUAUAGAUUCUCACCAAAUCCUAUUCAGACUAAAAACAAUUAUAAAAAAUUUAAAGUUGAUGAAUCAAUGAAAAAAUAUUUUUUUAACAUUUUUGUUAAAGAAGCAGUAAUGUUAAAAAAAUUAUAUAAAAUGUUAUAUGAUAUUUUUUAA